AUGGGUGCGCACCGGUGCCAGCCAGUGCCAAUGACCGAUGGAAUGCCAUGCGCACCGAUGGCACCCUCAAAUGUUGUUUUAACUUUUAUUUAUGGUAUCGAUUUAUCAAGAAAUAAUCUUGGUGAAAAUCGUUUUCCUGUUUUGUUAUCUGAAAUGUGUAAUUUACGCUGGUUAGAACUCAAUCGUACAAAUGUUAAUCAAUUGCCAGAAUUUAUUGGUAGUCUAAAAUCUUUGGAUUUAAGUCAUAAUGAUUUACAAGCAUUUCCAAAAGAUAUAGACAAUGCCAAAGGUCUCAUUGUGCUCAAUCUUUCUUUUAAUCAAAUUGAAUCGAUCCCAAAUCAUGUUUUUGUUUCAUUAUAUGAACUUGUACAUUUAAAUUUAAGCGAUAAUAAAAUAGACACUUUACCACCGCAAAUGCGACGUUUAACAUCGUUGCAAGUAUUAAUUCUUAACAAUAAUCCUCUAAUACACGCUCAACUGAGGUACCAACAAUUAUCAACUAUGCAAUUAUUAGAAACACUUCAUUUAAGCAAUACAAAACGCACAUUAAAUAAUAUUCCAUCUUUUCUCGAACAGUUACCAUGUUUGAGCGAUUUAGAUUUAUCUUUUAAUGAUUUGCCAUCGGUGCCGGACCAACAAUUAAUGAAAUGUUCAAAAUUACGUCGUCUUUAUUUGAACACGAAUCAAAUAGAUUUACGUGGUUUACCUCGUGGGAUAUUUAAUUUAGAAAAAUUAGAAAUAUUUAGUGCGGCCGAUAAUCAGUUGGAAACUAUCCCGGAUGCUUUGUGCCGACUUGGAAGUUUGAAAGUGUUAAAUCUGAACAAAAAUCGUUUGCUAACAUUACCGGAAGCGAUUCAUUUCUUGCAGUUGAAAGAAUUAGAUACGAGCGAUAAUCCUGAUUUCAAAAUGCCACCUAAACCAAAAGAAUUACAGCGUGGAGCUGGUGCAGCAUUUUAUAAUGUUGAUUUUUCAUUAACAAAUCAACUGAAGUUAGCCGGACAAUCUGUACCAGAACAAGAACAACCUGAUGUACAACAAAAACGUCUUCAGCGUAUCCGUCGAUUAAAUAAACCACAACAUCAACAUCAGGCAAAUGAUAAGCGUGCGUCUGGUCAAAGUUCUGAAACAGUAUUACGUGGUAUGCGUGAAACAGCAAGAAAAAAUGCGUUUGAUCCAACGUCAAUGACCAAUGGUGUAAAUCAUCAUGAUGAAGAAAUUUCAGGAAGAAAAUGGGAUGAGCAAAUAGAACGUCCACAAUUAGAUUACUCAGAAUUUUUUGAAUAUGGUAUUGGUCAUCAGACGGGAGUGACAUGUUGGGAAAUUGAAAAUUUUUUACCGAAACAAUUGGAACAACAACUAAAUGGUACAUUUUAUACUGGCGAUUGCUAUAUUAUUUUGAAAACAUAUGUUGAUCCAGCGGGUAUUACUGAAUGGCAAAUUUAUUUUUGGAUCGGAAAAGAUGCUACGUUGGAUAAACAAGCUUGUGCUGCCAUGCAUGCUGUUAAUCUUCGUAAUAUGCUUGGUGCAUCUUGUCGUACACAACGUGAAGAACAAGCUGAUGAAACAGAAGAAUUUCUAACACUAUUCAAUAAUCGAAUUCAUUUAAUUGAUGGUGCAAGAACAGAAACAGGAUUCUGGGUUGUCCGAGAUGUUGAGCAUCCAACGCGUUUUUAUCGUAUAACUGGCACUCAAAAACUUCAUCUUGAACUUGUCCCAGUAGCCGUUUCGUCACUUGAUCCUCGACACGUAUUCUAUUUGGAUAUUGGGCCAAAACUAUAUGUAUGGAAUGGCAAAAAAUGUAAUUAUAUAACUCGAAACAAAGCAAGAUUAUUUGUUGAAAAAGUAAAUAAAAGUGAAAGAAAAACUUUAAGUGAAUUAAUUCAGAUUAAUCAAGGUGAGGAACCAGCUCAAUUUUGGAGGGAUUUAGGUGGUUUACCUACAAAUUUUCAAAUAACCAAUCAUGUUCCAGAAGAUUUUACACCUGAAAGAUCGAUUUUAUAUAAAGUGGAUCUUGGGCAAGAAUUUAUUGAAUUACCACAAGUUGAAUUGGAGUAUGGUGGCAUAUUGAAAAAAGAAUUACUUCAUACAAGAAAUAUUUACAUAUUAGACUGUUUUACUGAAUUAUUCAUCUGGAUUGGAAAAAAAUCAGCACGACUAGUUCGUAUGGCUGCCACACGUCUAGCAGUUGAAUUAUUGGCCAUGAUACGCAGACCGGCACAUGCUGUUAUUACAAAAACAUUGGAAAGUCAAGUAUUCAAAUCAAAAUUUGAAGGUUGGGACGAUGUAAUUGGCGUAGAUUUUACAAGAACAGCUGAAAGUGUAUUGAAAAAAGGAGCCGAUAUGAAAAAAAUUCUUCAAGAAAACGAAAUGAAAUGUAAUUUACAAGCAUUAUUCAAAAGUCGUCCACUAUGGCAAACACGUGAACAAGCACGUGAAGCACUUGAAGAAUGGAAUAUAUUUUUAUUACAACCAUUUUCAAUGUUUGUAUUUGAAAAUAAAAAAUUUGUUAAAUUACCUGAUGAUGAGCGUGGUCAAUUUUAUUCACGUGAUUGUUAUUUAUUUGUUGCUCGAUAUUUAUUACCAGAAGAUGAUCCUGAUAACGUGGAUAAUAGUGAAUUAGACGAUGAAAUUAAAGAGUCUGAUACAGAAAAAUUUGUUUAUUUUUGGCAAGGACGAGACGCAAAUAAUGCGGCAUGGUUCUCAUUUAAUUUUACUUUUAGACAAGAACUAAUUGAUGUUCUUGGCGAAUUUGAGAUAGUUAAGUUGAUGCAGCAACAAGAAAAUCAACGAUUUAUGUCUCAUUUUAAUCGAAAGUUUAUUAUUCGCAAUGGUAAACGUCGUACAGCCACUCAACGACAACAACAACCAAAUCAACGUCUACAACAAACAGAAAUGUUUCAUUUAAGAUGGUCUUAUUCAACUAUAUUAACACGCUGUAUACAAAUAGAGCCGAGUGCAUCUAAUUUAUGCUCAGAAUUUUGUUAUAUCGUUACUGUACCAUUAGAUUCGGGUGAUAUAAUCGGUAUUGUUUAUGUUUGGAUCGGAAAUUCAGCUGAUCAAGAAGAUGCACUUUUAACACAAGAAAUAGCAAACGAAAUGUACAAUGAUUCUUAUACAAUUCAAGUUAUUAACGAAGGUAGUGAACCGGAAAAUUUCUUUUGGGUUGGACUUGGUGGUCGACAUCCAUACGAUAAUACGGGUGUGUAUGUAUUUUUGUGGAAAGGUCCAACAGCAAACAUUACCGAAGUAAAGUUUGCUGCUAAAGGUGCUGAGCUUUAUAUUCAACAUUUACGCAAUCGUGAACAAGAUCGUCCGAGAAAAUUAAGACUAACCGUUAAAAAUAAUGAACCUGCUGAAUUUCGAAAAUGUUUUCAUGCUUGGUCAAAACAUAAAUAUGUACCACGUUCACUUGAAAAACAAAAUUUCUUUUCUCAACAACAAGCAGCAGAAGCAGCAACUGGAGUAUCAAAAAAACCAACAACAUCUAAAAACAAUAUAUUUGAGAAUUCAAAAUUAACAAAAAAUGGUUUAAUAUUAACAAUGAUUGAUGCAAAUAAUUCAGCGGCAAAGAAAGAAGUUUGGGUAUCUCCAAUAACCGCAAUAGUUUCCAAACUGUAUGCUCAUGAAAAUGAUAUAUUAUCAUUCGGUUCAAUAAUACUUGAGUAUGAACAGUGUACACAUAGUACAUUAAUCAACUUUAUGUGUGGUGAUUGUGGUAUCGAUUUAAAACACCAGAUGGAAACAGAAACAUUUAAUCAUAACUUAGCAGCUUCUGUGUCAAUGAUUCCUACAAGACCAGAAGUGAGGAUUACACAACAGAAUGCUGAACGAUAUGGAAUAGAAGAUCGCAAUAGUUUAUUAAAAUCACGGAAAUUAGACUUACUUAUUGAUUUAGAUCAAACUCUAAUUCAUACAACAAACGCUGAACAUUAUCCAUAUUCUAAAGAUGUUAUACAUUAUUCGUUACAUAAUGCCAUAUUUUAUACAAAACUUCGUCCAGGUGUGAAAGAAUUUUUAACAAAUUUAUUACCAUUUUAUCAAUUUCAUAUUGUCACAUUUGGCGAAAGACUUUAUGCACAUAAAAUAGUUAGUUUUAUUGAUCCUGAUAAGAAAUUUUUUUAUGUCUGUAUAAUCGAUGAUCGUGAAGAUGUAUGGAAUUAUGCAAAAAAUCUUGUUCAUGUUAAACCAUACUUAUGGUUUGAAAAUGUUGGUGAUAUUAACGAUAUUUCUUUGCCAUCACUACCAUUGCCAAGUAAUCAACUUAUACCACCAAUUAAUGAACAAGAAUCUCUAAAACAAUUAGAAAAUAGUCAACAAAUUCAGAAUGAACAAAAGAAAAUUGAAAAUAACAUGAUACUUGAACAUUUAAAUAUAUUGCAGUCAUCGAAUAACAUUAAUCAAAAUCUGUCACGUGCAGAAAAACGACCGUUUAAUACUGGCAUUGUUGACAACAAUCAUGAAAAUGGUAUUAUAGAUGCUUUAAAUAGAAAAAAAUUGGGAGAUAAUGAUAAACUUGUUGAAGUGAAUGAACAAAUUAUACAUCAUAAAUUACUGAUGAAUGAUUUACCAUUCUCAGACGUUUCAACUACAUCAAAGUUAACAUCAUUAGGUGAAAAGCAAUCACAACAAGAAAACAUACCAUACAAUUAUUCCAAUAUCAUUAAACGAGAUGAAGAUAUUUAUCUUAAUCGAUUGGAAAUUAUUUUAAAACAUAUACAUGAAGUAUUUUAUAAUACCUACGAUAUUUGGUUGCAAACAGAACAACAUAAUUCAAUGCCUGAUUUAAAACAAAUUGUGCCAGAUAUUCGACGACAGAUAUUAAGUGAUGUAUCAAUGUGCUUUAGUGGUAUAAUGCACGUAGAUCAAUCAUUAGAAAAAUAUCGAGCCUAUAUUAUAGCUAAAGCAUUAGGUGCAAAUGUAACAAAAGAUUUAGUUUUAAAAGAUAAUGGUGGUCAUAUGAAAACAAAUAUAAGAACAACACAUUUAGUAGCUGGAAAAGAAACACAAAAAGUACAUCGUGCAAGAAAACAUAAUAUUUAUGUUAUUACACUCGAAUGGUUAAUUGAUUGUUAUGAACAAUGGGAACAUAAGAAUGAAAUGAAUUAUAUAUUUAAUAAUAAUUAUGAUAUUAGUAAAUUUCGACUAUUCACAGAUGAAAAAUCACGCGGAAUAAAACGUCUGAGAAGUGAUGGAGGUAAACAUCAUCAUCGCUAUGAUGAACAACAAAAUAAAACAACAGAAACAAAGAAUAGAGUAGCAGAUACCAUCAAUGGAGACCAAAACACUCGGAAUAUAGCUGAAACGUUACAAGAAAGUCAAAUAUUUCAAGGAGAAGAUUCAGGUACGAAGUCAAGUACAAACAAUGAUGAACUGGUGUCGACUUCAACAUUCGUUUCUCCUAUUGCUCAAAAUAAUGAAGAAUAUGGCGAUAAUAAUCGCAAACGAUGGCGGCAAGAUGACAGUGAUAAAUUAAUGUUUAGUACGAAUGAAUUAGAAGAAAUGGAAAAAGAAAUGGAUGAUUUUUGUAGUGAUACAAACGAUAGUGAGGAUGACAAAAAAGAAUCUAGGAUGAAUGAUUUUUCAGAAUAUGAACCAACGUUUGAAGAAGAAAAUGAAAAUGAUUUGGAUGAAGAACAAGAAAAAAGGUUGAGAAAUUUGGUUCUAGGAACAAAUAAAAAAGGUGAGUAUGACAGUUCGGAUGAAGAUAGUCUCGGUGGAGAUGAUAUUCCAAAAGGAUGGAAGCAGAAAAAGAAAAAAUGUCCGUUUUGA